UCUUUAUAUUUUUAGCCCACGUGUGUUGCCGUAGCACCAGUCUCCGCCCUUCAGCAUAAAACCCCUCUGCUCGCUCACUGUCGGUCUUCUCUCACGUCAACCCCAGCCGGAGGUACAGCAACAGUCCACUACACCUGCAAUUCACUGUCAAGAAUCAUGGCUGAGCAGAAGGAGCGCACAUUCAUUGCCAUCAAGCCUGAUGGUGUACAAAGGGGCAUCGUUGGAGAAGUCCUGAAGAGGUUCGAGAUGAAAGGCUACAAACUUGUGGCAAUGAAGAUGGUUCAUGCCUCUGAGGACCUCCUGAUGCAGCACUACAUCGACCUGAAGGACCGGCCGUUCUUUCCCACCCUCAUCAAGUACAUGACCUCUGGUCCGGUGGUUGCCAUGGUGUGGGAGGGUAAGGGUGCAGUGAAGACAGGCAGGGUGAUGCUGGGUGAGACCAACCCCGCUGAUUCCAAGCCCGGAACCAUCCGAGGAGACUUCUGCAUCGACGUCAGCAAGAACAUUAUCCACGGCAGUGACUCGGUGGAGAGUGCCAACAAGGAGAUCUCCCUGUGGUUCAAACAAGACGAGCUGUGCAGCUACUCUAGCUGUGCCUCCAGCUGGCUCUACUGAGCACUCUGGACCUGCAGCGGUCCUCACAGUGACACCUUUGCCUCAGUUUUCUUUCAUAGCCUAGAGGUUAAAAGAACUUCUGUUUUUAGUCCUCACAUUCCCCUACUCAUCAUACUGUACUAGGAUCUGCGCUCUGCUGAGGUCCAUGUCUAGUCUGAAGUGAUUCUUCCGCUCAUUCCUUUUUUUUAGAAACAUUCCAUCAAUCCUUGAAUGUACAGUAAAUGACUUGAAACGGUCUUUAACUGUCUUUGUUAAACGAUGAUCUGCUUUCCAAUAAAAUGCAAUAAAUACAA